AUGGAAAGGGGGUUUGGGUCUGAUGAAAUUUUCGGGUCGGAUGCACCUUUAGGGCUCUCCCACCGCCGUAAUGAGAUUGAUUUCCCCGGAGUGAGGCCCGACCCGCACCGAAUCCCCUCUUCCGACUUUUUUCUUCUCGAAUCGAGCGGAAAGUGCGACAAUUCCCGGAAUUUAGCCCAAAAUUGUCGUUCUGAUCAGUCGACUGGUCGUUCUGGCGUUGCAGAGGGUUUUGGUGAAGUUUGGGAGCGAAGAUCGAACUGUCUCAGAAGUUGCGACGGGAAUUCACAGUUUGGUAGGAUUUUUGAAUUUUUGAACUUUUACCCUGUUGAUGAUACGUAAAAUUAAAAAAAGUAAUUUCUUCCCACCCCCCCCUGUUCGCAAUAAUGCCAGUGUUUUCCAUAUCCAUAAACUUUAAAGCCCCCCCCCCCACCUCUUUUUAAACUAAAGUUGUCCUAUCGUAAUGAUGAGAAAUGACCGGUCUUGGAUACAGAGCAGGGCGUUUUUCCCUACCAUGUCUUGUUAUGGUGUGCCCGGUACAGAGCUUUUCAGUUUCGUGCACUGCCGUGACCUAGGCCUUAGUGCAGGGUACCCUGCUUUGUGUCAAACACCAGUCAUAUCUAAUCACCAGGCAAGGGCAAUUUUGGGUAAAAAGAGGAACUUUGGGGGUGCAUUUCUGGGUAUGGAAGAGACCGGUAUCUUAGGGUGAGUGGGUUAAGUAGGGAAUGAAGGGGGGGGGGUAUGAGAAGAGGUAUUGUGGUCAGAUUUUUGCUUUUGACAAUUUGUGGUCGAAGGGGAAAGGAAACUAAAAUUUUUUUAAAUUUCAAAUGUCUUCAUCGGGUAGGGCAACCAUGACUUAAAAAACGCAGUAUUUUGGGGGAAAGAUUUUGGGGGGGGGGAGGGGGGGGGGAGGGGUAGAUAAUUGAAAUUAUUCGGGAAAAAGAGGGGGUAUUCUGAUGGAAAGAGUCAGACAAAAUUUUUUUUAUUUGCCAAAUUUUUUCGAAUAAAACAAUUAUAAUAGCAAGGGGCCAUGUUCAAGUUUUUUGAAAAUUUAUUUUGGAUAGCGACGGGCAAAAUAGUAUGGUUUCAGGAAGACAGGGUUCGGAAAAAAGGGACCCCUUUCAAUUUUUUGGGGUAGUAACAUAAAUUUUUAUGACGACUAUUUUUAACCCUAAAAUGAACGUUGUUUGGGUAAAUACGUGUGCAAAACAAUUUUUAUAAAAUUCUAUCAGCCCAACCCAAAGGAUCGAGCAUUCCAAAAUUUUAAUUUCCAGCCACAUUUGAAUGAGCAGAAUCAAGUACCAACCUUUAUUGGACUUUGAUAAGUCAAAGAAGCAUUACCUCUCUCCGUCUUAUAUAAAAUCAAAAAUUGUCUUUUGGUUGGGUUUCCCCGAAAACACAAAGCGAUCUCUCUCGGAAAAGAAGAGAGCUCCCUUCUUUUCUCUUUCUCUCUCACCGCUCUCCCUUUUCGCUUUGGUUUCUUACUAGUUAUUGAUGGUUUUUUGGUUUUAAUUGGGUAAUAAAUAAAAAUUUAGGUAAUAAUAUAUAUAUAUAAUUUUUAAUGGUAUUUAGGGUUUUUUUAACAUUUUUAAAGAAAAAUUAGUAAAGAGUUCAAAGGAAAUGGUUAAAAUUAUUAAUUCAAAAUUUUUAGAGUUCUUCGGCCGUUAUAAUGACAAUUUUGAAUAUUGCCCCUUGAUAAACCAGCGACAGCAACUUGUAACCGGCAAUAAAAACUCAACCAGCAACUUUUUCACCAAGAACAACCGUCACAACAAGCCUAAUAAGCCUAGUAAGCCUAAAAGACAAGCACCAGUCCAAGAGCUCAAUUGCCAGCGAUUGAACUCGAACUUGUCGCAGCGACAAAAUUAUCGACCGCCAAAACGCAAAAACCGGAAAUCUGGUCGAAAAUACCGUGUCCUUCAACCAGCUUUCUUCAACCGACCAGACAAUUGGCAUAGGAAAGGGAACUCCGCUCAACGAUUGGGACGCAGCCUGCCGAUUCGAGUCAGCAGGUCGCGUCCAUUCCAAACCAUGCUACUGCCUUGGUCGAGUACCGCCGAGAAGUUGGGUAGGUUAAAAUGCGAGGGAAUUUGGGUAGGGUAAAAUAAUAGGGAAAUUAGAUAGUUUAAAAUACGGGGCGUCUUGAAUCCGUGUUUUAUUUUUAAAAAUUAUCGACUGGUCGAUUUUUUUUUUAUUUUGAUUUUUGUACAAUUUAACGUUUUUUCUUGAUGCAAAAAGAAUGGCGUGUUUCAGAAAAUAAAACUAAAACUUUUUUUAAUUAUUAAUUAUCGACCGGUCGAUUUUUUUAAAUUCGAAUUUCAUUCUAAAGUUCAUCUUUUCUUUGAUGCCAAAAGAAUGGCGUGAUCAAAAAAUAUGUUAUAAAAAAAUUUCCGCUCAUAAAAAUUAUCGACCGGUCGAUUUUUCAAAUUUUACAAAAAAAAGUUUUUUGAUGCAAAAAGAAUGAAGUGUUUAAAAAAUAUGUAAUAAAAACAGAAUUUUAAAAUAAUUUUUUGAGUUAUCGACCGGUCGAUAUUAAAAAACUAUUUUUCUCGACCGGCUUAUGUUUAAUAAACGUUAUUUAUAGCCAGCGGCCGCCAAACCCCAGCAACGUUGUCGCCACACGUUACGGCCGCUACAACUCCGAAUGGCCUUUACCAAUUCACUGACAUUACCCCAGGUCAAUUUGGACUGACCAAACAAUUAGUUUUAAGAAUUACCCUACCUCACAUUUCACUUUUACUGGUCUCAAUUGGCUAUGCCUUGGCUGGGUGUUGGAUUCUGACUGCCAUUAAUUAUAAUGCUGACUCGGUAGAAGCAAUGGAUUUGAUCACUGAGUAAGUUACUGUAACUUUUUUUGUAAUUCGGGCCUUAGCCCUAGCCCAGAGCCCUAGCCAGAGCCCUAGCCCAGAGCCCUAGCCCAGAGCCCUAGCCCAGAGCCCUAGCGCAGAGCCCUAGCUCAGAGCCCUAGACCGAGCUCGAGUCCUAGCUUUAGCCCUACCUAUACCCUGCUUAAAAUUUCUACCCUGCCCUAAAUCUUUGCCUUACCCAAAACAUUUUAACUUUUCUAAAAUUCUGCUUUACCCCAAAUUGUACCCAGCCCAAAAAUUUUACCCCGCUCAAAAAUUGUACCUUCCUAAAAAAUUUUACCCUGCCCAAAAUUAAACCUUGAUAAAAAGCGUGUACUGCUUGCAAAUUUUACUCAGCCUAAAAAUUAUUCUCCCUGCCCGUAAAGUUUACCCUGACUAAUAUUCUUAUCCCGGCCAAGUUUUACCCUGCCCAAAAUUUUUAACACGCCCAACUUUUUUUUUUGAAUUUAAGUUUUACUCUGCACAAGAUUAUUACCCUGACCAAGUUUUGUCCUGCCCAAAGUUUUUACCACGCUCAAAAUUUUUUUUCUGAAUGAAAGUUUUACUUUUCUCAAAAUUAUUACCCUGCCCAAAAUCAUUUAAAAUCUUAUCCUGUUCAAGACUUUCCUUGCCCACAAAGGUCUAGUAGAAAAUGGGUUUGCAUUUUUGAAAUUUUUAACAUUUUCAGCACAAAGGAAGAGUUUCUGUUGAAUAUCAAGUCAGGUUUGAAUCAAAACAGCUAUGACAGCUUCAACAAAGACAUGGAUAAAUCGUUUACAUCUUUUGCUAGUAAGAUGUACAAUGUCUACUCGAGAUUUCCAAGAUCUACAGCUAUUUUGGAGACGGCUAGGAUUGAUAACAGCACAAUUAUCAAGGGUAGGUUAUACCUAAAAUAUUUUUGAGGGCAAAACUGACCUGUUUUUCAAUUUUUAGCGUUAAAAGGUUAAAUUAUCCCUUUUUUGUUUAAUAAAACGUAUUGUAGCUUCAUUUUAAUAUCUAACGACCUCUUUUUUUUAAUCAAUUUAACCAUGGUUAAUAUAACCAAGGUCAUUUUCCAUUGAAACAAGAGAGAAACGAAGCGAUGGAGCUUCCGGCCCACGUAGUAUAGUGGUUAGUACUCCACGUUGUGGCCGUGGCGACAUCGGUUCGAUUCCGGUCGUGGGCAGCUUGCUUUUUUGCUUGUUUUUUGAUGUUUUCGGUGUGAGAAAUGGUUAAAGUUUAUUUUUUAUUGACAAGACAAAAAUUAAGUCGUAUUUUACAAUAUUUUUUUAUGUAGUUAACGCUGUUAUUUUAGAUAAAAAUGGGUGAUUUUAUAAAAAAGUGUGGAAUACUUCAAAUUUUGUUUAGUUUUUGAUGUUUUUGGUGUGCUAAAACAGUCGAAGUUGAUGUUAAAAAACAGAAAAUGAUUGUAAACCUAUCUUACAUAGCUUUGUUACUGUAUCACUUUAUAAAUUUCAUGGAAAAACGGCCAUUUUUAAUGAAAAAAAAACCAAAAGUCGACUUUUGGUCUGAUUUUUUGAAGAAAACAGUCGAUUAAUGCCAAAGUUAAACUGAUUUUGAUCUCAAAUUUUGUUUUAUAUGUGCUCAAGAUUAUAUUAUUUUAUUUUAUGAUGAUUGCCAUUACUUUACUCUUUUCAAAAUUUUAAAAAAUUCAAAAAUUGUAAGGCUUUUGCUUGGAAAACUGGGUUUUGGGGGGUAUUUAUCGAAGAAAAUGGUCGAUUAUUGCCCAAUUUCAAGUGAUGUUGAUGUCAAAUUUUAUUUUAUAUGUUUGUAAGAUUCAGGUGUUUCAUUUUAUAAUGAUUGCCAUUACUUUUUUCUUUUCAAAAUUUUUAAAAAUUUAAAAAACCUAAGGCUUUUGAUUGGAAAACUGGGUUUUGAGGGUACUUUUUAGGAAAAAAUGGUUGAUUACUGCCAUUUUUCAUUGACAUUCUUAUCAAAAUUUGUUUUUAAAGUUAACACAAGACUCUAUAUUAUCUUUUAGGGCUAUAUUUUACCUUCUAGUACUAUAACCCUUCAGGGCCACUAACCAAUGUGACAUGGAACCUCUUCUUCGUGACAACCACCCUAACCUCAAUUGGAUAUGGUGCCAAUGCUCCGGACUCAUUGGUCGGUCGAUUAUUCUGUAUCAUCUACAUCCUCUUCGGCAUCCCCCUCUACUUAAUAACGUUGGCAGACCUGGCCAAGUUUUGUACGGAAGGCAUGAAUCGAUCUUACACUGAGUACCUCAAGGUCAAACACUCGGUUCAGACCAAGUUCAGUCGAUGGAGAAGGAGAAGAGAGAAUAAGGACAUGCCUAGCAAGGUGGGUUUUAGAAAUUUUUGGCGGGGUGAAAAAAGUUUGGACAUGGUAAACGUUUGGCAGGGUAAAAGUUUAGGCGAAGUAAAAAUUUUGGGAGGGGUAAAAAAGACUGGGCAGGGUAAAAAAGUUUUGGAUAAGGUAAAAAGUUUGGGCAGGGUAUAAAAGAUUGGGCAGGGCAAAAAAGUUUACGCAUUUUAAAAAGUUUGGGCAGGAUAAAAAGGUUGGGCAGGGUAAAAUUUUUGGAGUGGUAAAAAUUUGGAAUGGGGGUAAAGGCAGGGUAUGACUAUGUUAUUCUUUCAGCAUCAAGCCAAACAAUAAUUUUUUUUUGAAAAUCGACUGGUCGAUAAUUUUUUUCGAAACCUAAAAAGUAAGGUUGGGUAGGUGUAUGGCAUUCUUUUUGCAUCUAAAAAAAUCAAAAUUUAAAAAUUUUUAAAAAUCGACCGGUCGAUAAUUUUUUUUGCAAUUUACAAUCUUUUGAAAUCUGUAAUAUUAGUUAGUUCAAAUAAUUAUGAGCUUCUUUUUAAAGCAAAUUUUCGGUGUUAAGGAGCACCGAAUUAUUUGAACAACCCUAAUAUAGAUUUUUUGAUGGGCAUGGGCAAACUUUUAAAAUUUAAUUUAAGGGCUCGGACGAAAGUGAAAGCUUCGACAUUGAGCGAGUAAUAAUAGCCGGAGGCGAAGACGAGGUAGCCGAGUUCCUGUGGACCCACCUUGAGAACACUCAGUUCGUGGAGAUACCCUUCGUACUCAUCUACAUCAUCCUCCUGUCCUACAUUACCGCCGCCUCGUACUUGAUAGCGCAUCUGGAAAACUGGUCGACUCAGAAGGGCUUCUACUUUGUCAUGAUGUCAGUACUAACCAUAGGUUUCGGCGACGUGGUACCAUCCAAGGAUCGGCACGUACUACUGAUACUGUUUAUUAUCAUACUCGGGCUUAUCAUCACCACGACGUGUAUUGAUAUAGUGGGUGCUUAUUAUAUUGAUCAACUACACUUCUUUGGCAGAAGGAUUGAUGUAGAAGACCCUUUACUGUGGUUGAAGAUCGUACAACAAAAGAGAAUCAACGCCAUGAAGAGGGAGGCCAUGAGGAAGCUGUUCGAGACUGUAGCUGCCUUGAAUCGACUUCAUUUUGAUCGUAAGUCGAGUUUGGGUUGGGUACUGUAGAUCAGUGUUUUGCCGGACUGGUCCGGAUGAGAAUUUUUUUGGUCCGGUCCGCUAAAACUGCUUUCUUUACGUUUAAAAACUCUUAAAAAUAUGUUUUAUUUGCAAUUUUUAAAACAGUUUUAUUAAAAUUAAAAAAAAAAUUUUUUUCCGGUCCGGUCCGGAACUUUUUUUUCGGUCCGGACCGGACGGGUCCGGCAAAACACUGCUGUAGAUAGGUGGAGAGGGUUAUCUAGGUUAAUUUAUGGUAGUGUAGGUAAGUGAUUCGUAAAUUAGGGUAGCGUAUUGCAGGGUAGGGUAGGCUGGGUAGGUUAGAGCAAAUUAUGCUAGGGUAGAGUAAAGCAGGGUGAAGUAAUGUAGAGUAGGGCAUUGCAGGAUAAGGAAUAGUAGAGUGGGGUAGAGUAAGCUUAAGCUAAGCCUAAAGCUAAGCCUAAGCUGAGCCUAAGCUGAGCCUAAGCUAAGCCUAAGCUAAGCCUAAAGCUAAGCUAAGCCUAAAUCUAAGCCUAAAGCUAAGCCUAAGCUAAGCCUAAAUCUAAGCUGAAAGCUAAGCCUAAGCUAAGCCUAAAUCUAAGCCUAAAGCUAAGCUAAGCCUAAAGCUAAGCCUAAAGCUAAGCCUACGCCAAGUCUAAGCUAAAUUUAAGAUAAACCUAAGCUAAGCUAUGCCUAAGCCUAAAUUGAGCCUAAGCUUAGCCUAAGAUAAGUUAAGCCUAAAUCUAAGCCUAAAGCUAAGCUAAGCCUAAAGCUAAGCCUAAAGUUAAGCUUAAGCUAAGUCUAAAGCUUAGCCUAAAUCUAAGCCUAAAACUAAGCUUAAAGCUAAGCCUAAAGCUAAGCCUAAACAAUAACUUAUUUGUUUAUUUGGGAUUACUAAGCCUAGAAUUGGUAUGCUUAAUUCAUAUUUAGGCAUACAAAGCUGGUCUUAAGCCUGUUCUUUAACCUUUUUUACAAAUUUUUACCUAAAAUUUAUUUUUUUUUCUAAAUUCUUAUCUAAACCUAAACCUUUGAUCUUAAGCCGCCUCAUUCCACAAGCAAAUCUCGACCGACGACCCGGAGCUAGCCAUUACUAAGCUGACCGAGAUCACGGGCGAACCAUCAACUCAUUUUCGAAAUUCAAUCUUCCCCGAGCCUCCGCCCGCGCCCACCAACCUCAAGGUCUCGAAUCCGACCGCCGAAUCCAUCCUCCUCCGCUGGGAUGCACCAGUCAUGGUGGAGGAGGCGAAACGGUACUGGUACACCUUGUCUUACAAGACCAGGACACCUCAGCGAAGACCGAAUGCGACCGUGAUUGAUUUUGUGAACCAGACCUACUAUGAGAUCACGGAUUUGAAGAGCUUCACGCUCUACGAGUUCUCCGUGGCCACUACUACAAGGUAUGGCAGUAGUAAGGCGGUCAAGUGUCAGGAAUAUACCGGUAAGUCUUUGGGUUUUAUGGUCGUUUUGGUGCAGUGCAGUUUAGAAAAUGGUACUAAACUUGCAAAAUGGUACUAAAAUUGUAAACCGGUACUAAACUUGUACUAAAGUUGCAAUAUGGUACUAAAUUUGAAAAAUGGUACUUACUAUGCUUGCAAAAUGGUACUAAAUUUGCAAAAUGGUACUAAAUUUGAAAAAUGGUACUAAAUUUGAAAAAUGGUACUAAAUUUGAAAAAUGGUACUAAAUUUGCAAAAUGGUACUAAAUUUGAAAAAUGGUACUAAAUUUGAAAAAUGGUGCUAAGCCUGCAAAAUGGUACUAAAUUUGAAAAAUGGUACUUACUAUGCUUGCAAAAUGGUACUAAAUUUGCAAAAUGGUACUAAAUUUGAAAAAUGGUACUAAAUUUGCAAAAUGGUACUAAAUUUGAAAAAUGGUACUAAAUUUGAAAAAUGGUGCUAAGCCUGCAAAAUGGUACUAAAUUUGAAAAAUGGUAUCAAAUCUAUGUCUUUUUUUGCGUCUGGUACUAGUGGUAGUUUUUUGGAAAUUGGUACUACUUUUUAGUACUUUUUUUAAUUUAGCACUACUUUAUGAAACUUUUUUGAAACUUAAAACCAUUUUUAGGUACUUUUUGAAAUGUAGGACUAUUUUUGGUACUUUUUAAAUCUUUAGGUACCAAGUGUGUGUUUUGCACUACUUUUUGGUACUUUUUAAAAAUUUAGUACCAUUUUUUGGUACUUUUAAAAAUUCUUUUUUCAUUUAUAAAUACUUUUUUAAAUUUUGGUACAGUUUUAUGGUCGUUUUUCAUGUAACAAUACCUAUUUUUGGUACAUUUUUGACAUUUGGUACCACUUUAUGACUUUUUUUAAAAAACCAUUUUCAAGUUGAAGCAUAAAUUACGUAUUGUACCAAAAAAACAAAAAAGGUUGUCACAAAUAACUGAAAAAAGUGUUUUUCAGAACCUUGCACCGUGCCACAAUCACUAAAAUUAGAUGCGAUUGGAGCUGAAAAAGCUACGAUAUCAUGGAGAGCACCGAGGAAAAACAAGUCACAAGAGGUAGGUUUCCUUCGAGACAUUCUAUUUCAUCUUUCCAGUUCAAAAUUUACCCAAAAAAACCGGUUUUUCCAUCAAAAACAACCAAAAGUUAUAUUAACCAUGAUGGUUAA